GAGAGAGAGAGAGAGAGAGAGAGAGAGAGAGAGAGAGAGAGAGAGAGAGAUGUAAUUACAGACCAAAUAGAGUAAAGAACAAAAGCAUAGCCACCACACCAGUCACAGCUGCCUCCGUCCAAGUCUGUGGUCCCAGCACAGCGCAGCACGCAACACAGCACACUGCACCACACCACAGAGAGAGAGAGAGUGAGAGAGAGAGAAGUCAUGGACAACCUGGAGAGCAGUGCGGAGAAGAGGACCAGUGCCCAGGACAGCGGCUCAGUGGCUGGGGACCCUGAUGCGUUAGCAGGCUAUGACAGUGACGUGUCUCUCCCCUCGGUCUCGGAGCUGAGGCAGUGUGAGCUGGAGGUGGGAGCUCUGCUGAAGGUCAUCGCUGACCUCAACGCCAAGAUGGGCUCCCUACAAGCCCCCAGUGUGGGUAGUAGUGAUAGGUGCAAUUCUCUGGGACGUGCCAGCUGCUCCACCCCAGCAUACAGCCCCUCCAGCCCUGUUGCCCCAGCACACUACCCGCCUUCCAGCCCUCUGCCUCCAGCCUUCUACCCCUCCAUGCCUGGAACCACCCCAGACUUCCAGCCCAGCCCUGGGUCCAUAGACUUCCAACCCAGCACUGGCUCUCCAGACUUCCACCCCAACCCUGGCUCUCCAGCCUUCCACCUCAGCACUGGGUCCCCAGCCUUCCAAUACAACCCUGGGCUACUGGACUACUCCUUCCCUGGGCUCCGAAACUACUCCUCCAUGCCUGGAGGCUCCCAAGCCUUCUACCCCAGUUCUGGGCCCCCAGACGGCACCCUGAGCCCUGGGUGUGCCCCAGACUAUGCCCCCAGCCCGGUGCCCCGGUCCCACCCAGAGGAAGUGCCUGGCAUCAGGAGCGGGACCCCCGCCCUGCUACUGAACAGACGAGGAAGUGGGGAGGUGUGGGCGGAGCUACAGGAGGCCUUGUCCACUCUGGAGAGGUCGGCCAGCAAAGGGAGGAGCUACACACCUGUCCCUCAGCCAAUCAGAGACGAGGAGAUCCGUACACAGCACCUCAGUGCUGCACGGGACAGCUGGGUCAGAGUCACACAGGUCCUGGAGGAGAUGGAGCGGGAUCUGGGCUUCUCCUACCGCUCAGCGCUGCCCCCGGAGGAGCGGAGGCACUACCAGCAGGAGGCGCUGGAGCUGCACCGCCUCAACAGAGGCCUGCGGGGGGCGCUGCAGAGCAGGCAGCAGGAGCUCAGCCAGUCAGACACCUCGCUGCACGACCUAGAGGACGACAAGAAGAAACUACAGGAGAAGCUGCUGGUGCUGAAGAGAAGAUGGCUGGUGGUGGGUAGCCUCUCCCCUCCUCGCUCCCCCUCCAGCUGUUCCUCCAGCGGGGGGGGCGUGAGUCCGUCCUGGGGGGUCUCCUCCCCUCCCUUCCCAGCAUCCCCGCUGCUCCUGCGCAGACACCCCGCUGCAUUCCCGCCGGCCGCCACAGGGGGCGACCUCUCCCCGUCUAGCCCCUGUCCCAGUCCUGUGCCCUUCUCCUCCUCCUCCGCCGCCAGUCCCUGUCCUCCUGGCAUGGACUCAGAGACAGAACGUCUGCAGAGGUGUCUGGAGCGGUUGAAGGCGCGUAAUGAGCGUCUGUCUGCGGCGCUGGAGAGGCGUAAAGGGGAGUCGGAGCAGAUCAGCAUGGCGCUCAGCAGACACGAGGCCGACAACACCGCCCUGCAGAUGGCACUCAGAUACUGUGAAGAGUGUGAGGAGAACUACGUAAAGCUGCUGGAGCUGUACGAACCCCAGAGGGAGCAGGACGUCAUGGAAACCACAGAUGGUCCGGCCAGUUGGUCUCCAAGUGCUGAUGGUGAGGCUGCUGAGGAGCUGCAGAGUGGAAGACAGACAGCAGAGGGCGCCGCUCCAAUGGGAAACUCCACACACAGCAGUUCAGCAGCAGCAGGUGAGGAGGUCUUCUCCCAGCAGGUGUGGGGCCUGAAGGAGAGGAUUGGAGGUCUGCGAAGGGACCGGGCGGCGCUGCACAUCCCAGAACAGGGGCCUCAGGGCGGGGCGAAGAUGAGCCCGGACACAGGCACUCUGGCGGGGCCCCGGGGCCAAAGCAGCAGCAUCACCAGCAGCAACAACAGCACCAGGGGGGAGAAGGCGGCCCUGCUGUACGAACUGGUCACCGUCAGGGAGGAGAUGUCUGAGCUGCGUGGUGCGAUCCGCCUGACGGAGAAGGAGAAGCGGUGUUUGGAGUGGACGCUGGUCUCACCUCUCACCCCCCGUUCUUCCUUCUCUUCUCCCGAGGAGAUGUCUGAGCUGCGUGGUGCGAUCCGCCUGACGGAGAAGGAGAAGCGGUGUCUGGAGUGGACGCUGGUGUCUCAGCGAGCCCAGGACGAGGCCGGAGCCCUGCUCAUCGACAGCCUCCGAGACGAGCUGGACCACAGGAGCAUGGAGCAGCAGAGGGAAUCCAGGAGUAGGGAGAGGUCUAACAGUGGAGGAGGAAGAGGAGGAGGAGGAGGAGGAGGAGGAGGAGGAGGAGGAGGAGGCAUCCCUGGCCCCAGAAACCGCACCAUCCUCAGAGAGCUACAGGCCAUCUCCCAAUGGGACCAGGUGAUGAGGAGGAGGAUGAUCGUUCUGCGUGACUCGCUGGACACCAGGCUGUCAGACAGCAUGGCACUACGCAGACAGACUGAGGAAGAAGUGACCAGACUCACACACGCACACAGUAAGAUCUCCAACGUAUACAGAAACGCGCGCCGCAAACACCGCGAGCAGAUCUGGCGUCUGGAGAAGCAGAUCGCAGCCCUGUCUGAACAUCACAGCGGCACCAUCGCAGAACUGCAGCACACGCUCAACAACAUGGAGGACAAGAGAGAGGAGACCGUGCUGUAGAGACAGAGAGAGAGAGAGAGAGGGAGAGGAGACCGUGCUGUAGAGAGAGAGAGAGAGAGAGAGAGAGAGAGAGAGAGAGAGAGAGAGAGAGAGACAGACCAACAGACAGACAGAGACACAGACAGACAGACAGACAGACGGAGACAGACAGACAGACAAACCAACAGACAGACAAACCAACAGACAGAGACACAGGCAGACAGACAGACAGACAGACAGGAGAAGCAGAUUGCGGCCCUGUCAGAACAACAUAGCAGCACCAUCACAGAAUUGCAGCACACUGUGGAGAACAUGGAGGACAAGAGAGAAGAGACUGUGCUGUAGGGACAGAGAGAGAGAGAGAGAGAGAGAGAGAGAGAGAGAGAGAGAGAGAGAGAGAGAGAGAGAGAGAGAGAGAGGAGAGAGAGAGAGAGAGAGAGAGAGAGAGAGAGAGAGAGAGAGAGAGAGAGAGAGAGAGAGAGAUAGAGAGAGAGGAGACCCUGUCUGAACACCACAGCAGCACCAUCGCAGAACUGCAGCACACACUCAACACCGUGGAGGACAAGAGAGAGGAGACCGUGCUGUAGGGAGAGAGAGAGGGUGGCGGGGGAGAGGGAGAUAGAGAG